AAAGCGAAAGCAGGGACUUCCGGGCUCCGAGACAACGGCGAACUCCGAUUCCGACGAUCACUGCAGAGUGCAGUCGUGAAGUUGCCUAGCCUUUUGUCUAUGCUAGAUUAAUUUUUUUUUCAAAGUCUUUGUGACUUUAAAGUGCUAUUUUACUUGGUGGUGAUGCUAUAGUGCUCAAAGAUGUCUUACGAAGUCAGUGAUUUGUUCAUAUUUGACUCUGGCACAAGGCUGCAAAGUAGUGAACGGGUCACCCCUCACAAACUGUCUAUCAUGGCUCUCGUUUACGAGUACAUUCACCUGAUGAGAGUGUCACCGUGCGACGAUUCCUUUGAUGAAGAGAACAUGUUGACAGAUGACGAUAAGAGAGUUUUCAUGGUCACACUACUUAGCCUCUUGCAGGGUCCUGAUAUGGACUUAAAGACCCUCAGGUCUCACAUCGACCAUGUUCUCAAGCCAGCUCUCUUGAACGCUCUCUAUGCCUUGCUGAGGGCAGUCAGUACACAGGGAGUCAAGCCAAUCAACGACUUUUUUGAGAGCAACUCCAAGUUGUUGUCAUCCACCGCAGAUGAGCCUGAAGUUAUCAAACGUGAAAGCAUUAUGGGUUUAUACAUCCGAAGAAUGGAACUGGCUUACAAUGAGAUGUCUUUCACGCAGCUGGUAGAUACAUAUAAAAAAAUACAGCGUUACUACGAGGCAGGCUUUCCUGAGAAAUUGGAAGAGACAGAUUCUGAUGAGAGUGUAACGAAAAGAGCAAAUCGUCACCUGGGUUUGUCAGAGCAAGCACUAAACAUAUCACAGCUUAACGAGAGGUCCAUCUUGGAAACACUAAGUGGACAGAGCUUUUUCUCGAGAAAACAGGCUGAAUACUUCAUCGCAAAUCAGGCCCUGAUGCUGUCCCACAAUGAGCUCAAGGGUCUCCCGCCUGAUCAGCUCCAGCAGAAGAUCUCCAGCAUCUUGUCUGCUAACCCGGACAUGGCCGAGGGUCAUUUCUUAAGCUACAUGAACAGUUUGCGGUUGAGAGAGUACUGCACUGCCCUCCACAACCUGUAUCACUACUUUGAUCGCAAAGCCUGCACGCCCAAUGACGGAAACCCUAACAAGAAGAAAGGAAAUGGAGAUGAGGUGGCGAUGAGAUAUGCUGCGCUGAACCUCGCUUCACUUCAGUUUCGUUUUGGAAACAAAGAGGAAAGUAAAGCAGCCUUGAAAGAUGCUAUACGAAUGGCUCAAGAAAGCAAUGACCAAGUGUGUCUGCAACAUGCACUGGUGUGGCUCAAUCUCCUAGAUGACAAUGAGAAGCCUGUGCUGCAGAUGGAAAGGUCCAUUAGGAAGACAAUUGAUCUUUCAUUACCAAAUCUUACUGUCCUGGGCUUGAAUUCCAUGAGCAAACAGCUUGGCAUGAAUGCAGAGAGUCCUGCCAGAGUGAUCUACUACUUCACACAGAGCAACUUGAUCAACUGCAUGCACUCCAACUACAGCAUGAUGUCCUCAGGCUUCACUCAGCGGGCCGCCAUGUGGGGCUUCUAUGGCAACAGGGAACUGAGCAACCUGGACAGCCAGGUGGUUUUACACCUGAACACGAGCAUCAACGGCGUCUACUACAGUGGCCAGUCUGUGUGUAUAGCCAUGUGUAACAUUGCCCAGCUCCAUGCUGACGCUGGCCAGUACUCAGCAGCAAAUGAGAUUCUCAAUGCCGCCAAGCUGCGGUUUCCCGUGAACACAGAACACGCCUUUUUGUGGCAGUCGUGCCAACAGAGGAUCAUGUUCACACGUGCCGUGCUGAGCGGGAGGCUGGGGGAGGCGGAGCAGGUACUCAUGAACCUGCGAGCUGUGGAUGAGCCUGAAUCGAAAAUAAGGCAAGGUGUCCUGUUGCGAGAGAAAGGCCAGGUGGCGGAGGCAUUUGCCUGUUUGGAUGCGCUUUUGACACAGUGCGACAAGACUGGCUCAGGCUAUACAGCAGACUACAGAUGCAGGGUCCUCCUGGAACUCUCCUCCCUUUACAUCGCCACGGGCAACCACACAUCGGCCAUCCCCCACAUCUCUGACUGUACUGCUCACGCCAGACUACAUCACCUUCAGCUGUAUGAAGCUUUGGCCUCUGCCUACCUGGCUUUUGUACAGUUAAAUAUGCAGCUGCCAGACCAAGCUGUCCGGCUGAUUGAAACACACCUCUUGCGCAUUCUCACCAACGCGCCGGUAUAUGAAAAGGCUCGCGUGCUCUAUGUUUACGCGCGCUGCAAAGUGGCUGCAGCAGACAAGCUGAAACUGGAGGCAGACAAAAAAUCUGAGCAAGUAUCUGCCUUGGACAUUCUGUCGACGGCCAGCUCUCUGUUUCACAACGUGGAAGCUCAUCGCUACGAGAAGGACACGCUGUACUACCAGGCAGUGCUGCACCACAUGAUGGGUGACCGGCAAGGACGGAACCGCUGCGCUCAUGGCUUUAAUGUACUCGACAAACUCUAUCCCACCCUCAGCCCUCUGACAGUCAACAUUAUCUGACAGCUGUUUCCCCUCAGUGUAUUGCUCAUUCGUUUGUCGGAGUUUCUGUUUUUUUCCCAGGUGGUAGCCUGAUCAAGUGAUACAUUUUUGUGCAUUCGCCAGACAUUUUCUUUUUUUCCCACUGUCAUAUCUGCCGAAACAUCAGCACUUAAAUUCUGUGUUACUCCAAACUCUUUGUUCGUAGUAACAUUCAUGUGAAUGUCAUGAGUCACCAGUAGGGAGAAUAGGAAGCAAAGUGUUGAGAAUGAAGAGAAUUGAUUUAUUAAUACUCCAUGAGAGCACUGUAAAUUGCAGGUCAGGAAAAAAGAUUCUGUCACGAUUCAGUAAAAGCUGACUUAAUUUUUGCUGCCGGAGCAUGUCAUGCUCAUAACUGUGCCUGAACUACAACAGGGAACUGCUGCUCUUUCUUUCUUAAUCCUUACUA